AUGUGCUGCUACCUCACAGUAGUAUAUGGCCAUAAUGAUGCAGAUAAAAGAAGGAACUUAUGGGAACAACUUAAAAGAAUAGCUCAAAAUAUUACAGGGUCUUGGCUUAUUGGGGGUGACUUCAAUGCUAUCUUAUAUGCCCAAGAUAGACUCUCAAAAGUACCUGUGAAAAGUACAGACAUAAAGGAAUUUGCUGAAUGCUGUCAUGACAUUGGAGUUGCAGAAUUGCCAUGGAAAGGGGAAUAUUUCACAUGGACUAAUAAGCAGCAAGGAGAUGAUAGGGUAUUUGGAAAUGAUAUAUGGAUGAUGAAUUAUAAUCACUUAAAUACAGUGUAUGGAGAACCUUAUAUUUCUGAUCAUAACCCCAUGUCCAUCAAUAUAAGGCAAACACAGAAGUUUAACAAGAGUCCAUUCAGGUUUUUUAAUGUAUGGGCUAAUCAUCCUGAUUUUCUGAUGAUAAUAAGAGAAGAGUGGAGUAAUAACAAAGGAACAGGGGAGAUGAAAAGCAUAUGGGCCAAGCUCAAGAGAAUGAAAAGCAAAUUUAGGCAACUAAAUGAAGCUGAAUUCAAAGGUGUAACUGAGAAGAUAGAGGAAGCCAGACAAACCAUCCAACACAUACAAAAACAGUUGCAAAAUAACUAUAGUGAUAUGCUACAAGAACAGGAAAAGGAUUGGUUGCAGAAACUGGAGACAUGGUCAAUGAAAGAAGAGAGGAUAUUGCAGCAGAAAUCAAGAGCAAACUGGAUCAAACUGGGUGAUGGUAACAAUAAACACUUUACUGCAGUGAUAAAGGAGAGACAACAGAGGAAAUAUCUUGAUGAGCUGCAAACAUUG